AUGUCUUGCUCAAAUCUAACAAUGUGGGUCUCAUCAAAACCUUCCCUUUCCGACGCUUCAUCCCUAUCCUCCCGCUCGUUUCUCACCCCUUUUCAGCUUCCGUCUCAAACUUCUUCACCCACCCCGAACCCCUCCAGAUCGUCCUCAGUGACUCCGAUCCACUGUAACCUCCGUGAGCUCCGAGAUCGUAUCGGGUCUGUGAAAAAUACCCAGAAAAUCACUGAGGCCAUGAAGCUGGUGGCCGCCGCUAAAGUCCGUAGAGCACAAGAAGCUGUCGUGAAUGGCAGACCCUUCUCUGAAACUUUAGUUGAAGUUCUUUACAACAUUAACGAGCAGCUCCAGACGGAUGACGUAGAAUCUCCUCUUACUAAAGUCAGACCUGUCAAGAAAGUUGCUCUUGUGGUUGUGACAGGAGACCGAGGUCUCUGUGGUGGUUUCAACAAUUUUCUCAUCAAGAAAGCCGAGGCAAGAAUCGCCGAGUUGAAGAGUCUUGGAUUGAGCUACACGAUCAUUAGCGUUGGCAAAAAGGGUAACUCUUACUUUCUACGUAGGCCUUAUAUUCCAGUAGAUAAAUUUCUCGAAGGGGGUAAUCUCCCAACAGCCAAAGAAGCUCAAGCCAUAGCCGACGACGUCUUUUCUCUCUUUGUUAGUGAAGAAGUUGACAAAGUGGAGCUUUUGUACACCAAGUUCGUGUCUUUGGUCAAGUCCAACCCUGUAAUCCAUACUCUGCUUCCGCUCUCCCCAAAGGGAGAGAUUUGUGACAUUAAUGGCGUCUGUGUGGACGCAGCUGAGGAUGAGUUCUUCAGGUUAACGACAAAAGAAGGGAAAUUGACGGUGGAGAGAGAUUCAGUGAGGACUGAGACAAUAGAUUUCUCACCCAUUUUGCAGUUCGAGCAAGACCCGGUUCAGAUUCUUGAUGCCUUGUUGCCUUUAUAUCUCAACAGUCAGAUUCUAAGAGCUCUACAGGAGUCUCUGGCAAGUGAGCUGGCUGCAAGGAUGAGCGCCAUGAGCAAUGCCACUGACAAUGCAUCGGAGCUUAAGAAAAGUCUUUCUAUGGUCUACAACAGGAAACGUCAAGCCAAAAUCACAGGAGAGAUUUUGGAGAUUGUUGCUGGUGCCAAUGCCUUGUCUUAAACAGAGAGAGUGAUUGGAAAAAGAAAAAAAAAAAAGAAGAGAAGAUAAUAAGUGCAUGGUUAUGAUGAUCUCUGUGUAGGUAUUUCUAUUGGGCUCUGUACUAUUCUUUCAAACAUGCAUCUUUCUGAACGAUUUAUGCAAACUUUUUUAUAUAUAUACUUUCUUCAUUGUAAUUCUCAACCGAGUAUAAACUUUGUGCACUAUGAGAACUGCAAUGUAUUUUGGAACAAGCUAUAUUCACAGCAAUAAUUUCUUUUUUGUA